CCACCUCGGCUUCCUCCACCGCUCCGGCUCACAAUUUGUUUCCUCUGACAAAAGAAACUGCAAGAUCGGACUCUCUCUUUUUUUAGUGGACGAGACCAAUAUGAAGCUUUUCUUUUGGUCAUACCUUGCCUCUCUUGUGGCUGUUGCCAAUGCACAAGGCAGCGUAAACUACUGUGAUGCCUACGUCGAGCAGUGUUUGGACGUCGUGCAAGGAACAUGCAGUGGAAGUGAGGUGGAGUACUGCCUCCAAGCGAGCGGCUCGUCUUGCGACGACGGAACUGGAAGCUGCGAGUGUAAGAGUGACAGUGGCAAUAGUGAAACUUACAGUCACAUCAACAUUUAUGUUGAUGGUGUUGAUUUGUCGGCAGAAUCAUCACGAUUGUCUGAUAGCGGUUUCUCUGAUACCUGCAAUGAUUCUUCUGGGAGCAGCAAAGGAUGUGGGUCGGUUGAUUCCAGUGGCUCUCCAGCACAAGGUGUCAAAUAUGACUCUACCAAAGGUGGUCUUUGUGUGACGGUACCUUUGGCCGGUGAUGGGUCGCACCCUUCGAUUGUCUUUGGGGUCAAAGACCGUGGAAGUUGUGGCAUUUAUGGAUCUGCUGGUUCUUGGUCUUGUUCAAGUGACUGCCAUUGUGGUGGAAACCAUGCUUGUGUCUUUCAAACUCCUUCCUCGUGCCCUUACAGUGGUGCAGCGCCAACUGGAACACCAACUGGAACGCCAACCGGAACGCCAACAGGGGCGCCAACUGGGGCGCCAGUUGGAACACCAACAGGAACGCCAACUGGAACACCUACAGGAACGCCAACUGGAACGCCAACAGGAACGCCAACAGGAACACCUACGGGUUCACCUGUUGCAUCGCCCACCUCACCUGUUGCGUCACCGACAUCGCCAGUGGCUUCACCAGUAGCAUCACCGACAUCAUCGCCAGUGGCGUCUCCUGUUGCACCCCCAACAUCAUCGCCAGUCGCUUCACCUGUUGCAUCCCCAACAUCAUCGCCAGUCGCUUCUCCUGUUGCAUCACCUGUUGCAUCGCCAGUCGCUACUCCUGUUGCAUCUCCUGUUGCGUCCCCAACAGACAGUGAUGAUGAGUGUGCUUAUGGUUCUGGAGGCUGCUGUGAAGGUUCCGGCUAUGGUGGUGGCAGUGGUGGUGGUAGUGGUGGUGGCAGCGGUGGGGGUUGCAAAGGAGAUGGAGGAGGCUUUUGUUUCUCUGAGAGCACCAUAGUUCAGGUGCAGAACAAAGGGGGCAUUGCCAUGAAAGAGCUUCAAGUAGGCGAUAAAGUCUUGACUGGUGGUGGUGGAUAUGAGCAUCUCUAUGGCUUUGGACACCGCCACGAGUCCAAGGAGACAACCUUCCUCCAGAUCUUCGCAGGAAAUGAGAAGAAGCCCCUUGAAAUGACAGCAAAGCAUCUCGUCUAUACUAUUGACAAUGACAAGAAACAAAUGGCAAUUCCUGCUGAUCAGCUCAAGGUUGGAGAUCUUGUGUCUGUGGCUAAUUCAGAACAAGGCUCAGCCACGGUCACACAGAUCUCAGCAGUCCAAAAGAAGGGUUUGUACAUGCCAUUGACCACAGAUGGUACAAUUGUGGUGGAUGGAAUUGUGGCAUCAACCUACGUUUCCAUUCAGAAGGAUGCCCCUGGGGGGAUUUCAACUGCCCAAGACUACUUUGGCGUGAGCGAGCAUGCCAUCUCUCAUCUUUGGCUGUCCCCAUACGGAAUGCUGUGCCUUGGAGUUUCAUCCAGCUUCUGUCAGUCCCCGGAUCCCUCCAAUGGUGAAGGAAUCAUUUCUUGGCUUCAGGCUGGUCAAGCAUUGGCAGAAUAUGCUGAAGGCUUUGGGUUUUGGUCUAGAUUCCUUUUGAUUUGUGUUCCCAUGUUUGUGCUGUUUACGGCAUCUUUUGCAAUUGAAACCCUCUUUGGAGGACCAGCCAUGGCACCAGUUGGAGCCCUAGCAGCUGCAGCAAUCAUGUACUUCUAUUGGCAAAAGCAGGGGGUGGCUACAAAGAAGAAGAUUGUCUAA